AUGCGCAAUCUGGACUAUAAAAACGUGUUCAUUUCGCUCUGCAUUGUACACCUCUUCACUCUCAGUGGAGGGCGCCCCCUAAGGAAAAGGACGGUAAGUGAGGUCCAGCUCAUGCACGACCUCGGGGAGCUCAAGCAGGUGCAGGAGCGUCGGCAGUGGCUGCAGAUGAGGCUACAGCUCCAGGGCGCCCACACCGGGCCGACAUGGGGGAGUAUCGGAGAGGUCGGCCGAACGAGGAGGAGACUGCGCCCCAAAGAGCUGCCUGACCUGAGCGACAUGACACCAGAGGAGAUCCAGUUGGCUUUGACCUUAUUGGAAAAUCUCCUCAAGUCAAAGCAGUCCUGA